GGUAAGACCGGUCAAACAACAUGGCGGCGUUUACCAGCCUCCGCAGCCCAGCGCUACGCGGAGGGUUCGGCGCUGUGUGCGGACUACACAGACGGACAGCAGGACUGCCACGUCCGGCUCCACGGCCACAACCAGCGUGUAGCUUCACUUCGGAAGACAAGACGAACGUGUACCUGGAAUCCACUGACGAGUACCACUACGUGGAGCGGCUGAUCCCGCCGUCGCGGGUCCCCCAGCCUCCCCGGCACGACAAGCCGCCUCCUUCCGGCUGGGUCCCUCCACCGGAGGUUCCGCCGCCGCUGCCGUACAUGAUCCGCCGGUCACGCAUGCACAACAUCCCCGUGUACAGCGACAUAACCCACGGCAACCGCCCGACUACCCUGGUACGGAGAGUGGAGGGGGACAUUUGGGCAUUGGAGAAGGACGUGAAGGAGUUCUUGAAACAGGCCGCCGACAAAGAUCUUCCAACACGGGUCAACGAGGUGACCAUGACCCUUCGUGUCAAAGGUAAAUUUGACGUAGAGCUUAAGGAGUGGCUGAUACAGAAAGGGUUCUGACCGGAAGUCGCUGCAGAGGUACAGCAUCUUUCAUACGCCACAACAGAGGACUUCCGUUUGGCAGCGACCUCAGAUCAACUCCACUCCAUCCACGACAUGGCAAGCUGACGGGGCUACCGCACGUUUGUAUGUUUGUAUCUGAAAUGACGCGUUAGCACGCAUUGAAAUGUAAAAAAAAGACACCAGAAAACUGCACCAAGAAUUAAAAGUGCCGAAGCCGGUGUACAUACUUACCUGAUGUAACGUUUAAUGUAAAACCAGAGUCCCGGAGCAGGUGUUUUCUGUUCAUGGCGCCCCCGUGUGGUUGAUAAACGCAACUGUGAAACA